ACUGCCGCCUUAUCCACUUGGCUGUUGUUGUGGUCGUUAUUUCUUUCACACCUCCAUUAUACCAACUCAAUAACAAGACCGAAGAUAUUGCUCAAUCUCUUCUACAACAUUACUCCAAUCUCAACUAUGGCUUCCUCCACUCUUUCUCCUGCAACUCCUUCACAGCUAUGCUCAAGCAAGAGUGGUAUGCUUUCUCAAUCAAGAGCAAUUCUUGGGAAGCCAACAAGGACCCAUAUGAUUACAAAGGACAGGGGAAUGAAAAUCAAGUGCCAGGCUACUAGCAUUCCAGCUGAUAGAGUUCCAGAUAUGAGCAAGAGGGAGCUCAUGAAUUUACUUCUGUUGGGAGCUGUUUCACUUCCCACUGGAUUCAUGUUGGUUCCUUAUGCCGCCUUCUUUGCCCCCCCUGGGUUAGGAAGUGCUGGUGAAGGUACCACUGCCAAAGAUGCCAUAGGCAAUGAUAUCAUUGCUUCUGAAUGGCUUAAGACCCAUGGCCCUGGUGAUCGAACCCUCACACAAGGAUUGAAGGGAGACCCAACUUACCUUGUAGUGGAGAAAGACAGAACACUUGCAUCAUUUGGAAUAAAUGCAGUCUGCACUCACCUUGGGUGUGUUGUGCCAUGGAAUCAAGCUGAGAAGAAGUUUAUCUGCCCUUGCCACGGAUCUCAAUACAAUGAACAGGGAAGAGUUAUGAGAGGACCUGCUCCAUUGUCCUUGGCUUUGGCUCAUGCCAAUGUGGAAGAUGGCAAGGUAGUGUUUGUUCCAUGGACCGAGACAGACUUCAGAACUGGUGAGGCACCAUGGUGGGCAUAAAUUUCAACCAGAGAUUUCAAAUUCCACGUAGUGGAUCAGUUUGUUUUGAAACAUGGCAUAAAAAGUUGUGGUUUUCUGAAAUGGAGCUCAUAAACAUACUGUAGUGUAAGGUGCCUGAUUGUAAUCAAAUUAAUGCCACUUGUAAUCUUGGUAAUAUUGACAAUUUCUAUUGUCCA